AGGCCUGCUACUUCGGUUCUUUCAUAUUUCCCACAAUUCCAUCGUGUGUCCUCUUCCGGUGUAGAACCCCUACGUGUGGCAGAAUCAGCUACCGAAAUGGCAAAGUCAAAGAAUCAUACCACCCACAACCAGUCUCGCAAAUGGCACAGAAAUGGCAUCAAGAAGCCCAAGUCCAACCGUUACGAGUCUUUGAAGGGGGUUUGCCCUAAGUUCUUGAGGAACAUGCGUUUUGCCAAGAAACACAACAAGAAGGGGGCGCAGGCCAUUGCCAAGAAAUAAAACAGCAAGAGAUAUUCUAGAGGCACCACAUAUACCAUCUUUCCUAAUGAACUGUGUACUACCACAACAAUAAAGCCAUGGUUUGUUAAGGA